CCGCCGCCUCCUCCCCCACCAUCUACUGCUGCUGUGCAUGGCCAUCCGUCUACCGGCCACAUGGAGGAGAGGAGGCAUAUGAGCUACGACAACGGCCCCGGGCCGCAGCUGUACCGUCAGCCUUCCUAUCCUCCUCCGCCACACACCCCGCUGUCUCAUCCUGGUGGUCCUACCACCCCAUAUGAGCAGACCCAGAUGUAUCCUCCGCCGCCCAUGGGACCAGAUGGUACCUAUCCACCCAUCUCCUAUGCAGCCACGGCUGGGAAGCGUAAAUCUCAAAGAGCUUCACAGGCUUGCGAUAGCUGUCGGCAGCUCAAGGCGAAAUGCGACGAAAACAAGCCUUGCAAGAACUGCCAGGAAAAGAACAUCGUCUGCAACUACCGUGAUCCGGCCCCCAAGCAGCAAGAUAAGGCCACCCAGGAUAUCCUGGAGGCAGUGCAGAAGCUGCUCCUGGCAGAUAGACGAGAGAUACUUGGCGAGCUCAGCAAGAGCCUGCCUCGUGUGGUAGACAAUGCCCUUGUGGUGGAUACCAAUCGUGCAGUGGAGAUACCCCGUGCAUCGGAAAUGCAUCACCCAGUGUCUCCUCCGACCCAGAUGGCCGAAAUCGAAGAGACGGUCUUAUCCUCUCCCGGGGAAGGGCCACCAGCAAACGGCAACAUUCCAGAUCCUGAGGCUGCUACCAAGAGAAUCCGGCAAAUGGAGACCGAAGAUGAGGCUGAUGAGCCGCCAGGCCAAACAGUCCGACCCCAAGAGGCGCCAUUUCCCCACGAUCACACAACCCCGGCAGGUCGUCUACUCUCGUGGCCCUCGAUUCGGAGAAUAGUCGGGCCAAUGUUAGACAAGGAAGGGAUCAAGUAUAUCGACAAUUACCCACAACGCCGAGAGGAAAGCCGCGGCCAGUUGCCCCUGUUCGGACGCGGUGAUGGAUCCACCAAGUCAACGACUGAGCCAGUCCCGACUUACGAGUACCUGGACCUUGCAGACGACAGUUCCCAAGCCGGUGACCAUCCGUCUCCCUCGACCGGAACAGACUGGGGACCUAUCGGAGGCCCAUCGCCGCCAGGAAGCUUGCCAAGUGAUUUGCAUGCAAAAGUGAGCCGGACGGAUAGUCCUCUGGAUUUCGAUGAGGGAAAAGUAUGGAAAUAUGUCGGAUCUUACAAAACUCACAUACAGAACAUGCAUCCCUUGAUCCCUCCAGAGGAUCUUGAUGCUAUGGUGGUCUCCUUCCUCGACGAUGUCGGUGCUAGAAAGUCCAAAUCCCAGGCAAAAUUUGUCAGCGCGCCAGAAGGAGCAAUGCAGUCGGCAACCUCCGAUUUCGACAGGAAGCGGAAACGAUCACCCGGACCGAAUGGCGCCGAGCCGGGCCCGCCGUCCAAGAGAAGUAGACCUCAGCGCUCUUCCAAGCACGCCUUGGUGCUUCUGGUGCUGGCAUUGGGCAAAAUCUGCUCAUGGAGGGAGAGAAAGCUCCCUGAGGCGGUCGACAAAGAUUCUGCUCCGAGUCACGGCUCACCAAUCGUCCGAAAUGGUCACGUCACAUCACCGAACCAGAGCUCCCCUCCAGCGAGUGCAGUCUCACAGUCUCCAGGACAGGCCGGGCUACCGUCGCCUAAGGAUCACGACCGGUCAAUCGCGAGCAGGCGGUCAUCCGUGCAGGCCUCGGGUAUAUCGGGUCCUACCAGCGCAGCAUCGCCCGCACCGCUGAAGAGGAAUUACGAGGUGAUUCCGGGUCUUGAAUACUUCGCCUACGCGACAGACAUACUCGGCAAUCAUUUCGGAAGCUAUGAACUGAGCCAAAUACAAGCACACAUCCUCGCAUGUCUGUACUACGGGCAGCUGGGACGUGUCCUCGCAAGCUUUCGUCAUAUCAGGUUUGCCUGCCAGAUGAUUGUGGACAAACUUCAGCCGCAACGAUUGAGCCGGUUCCUGAGCUUCGAUUCUGGGAGGGUUGUCUCGCUCAGAGACAAUAAAUAUCUGGUUACAUUCUGGACAUGCUGUCAGCUGGAGAGCGACAUCCUCGCCGAACUGAACCUUCUGCCAUCAGGAAUCCUCCAAUACGAAGGCCUUCUGCCGUACCCCGACAUGACAGUUCUUCAUGACGAGCUAGGCUUCUCGGAAGAGGUAGUUAACAGUUACAUGGCGCAGCUUUACUUACGCAAACGGAUGAACGAGAUAUCCGGUCAGCUGUACAAUCCUAAGCACAGGCCUGUGUACGACGAACAAGUGGACAUCACUCACAAUAUCGAGUUGAUGCUGGCACACAAGGACGUGUGGGCUAUGAAGUUUGCUUUCGAUGUGAAAGACGAUCCCUCAGAGGACAUCCUCCACGCCCGUUUCCGCGCCAAAUUCUGGGGGGCCAAUGUCAUCACCUACCGUCCAUAUAUCGAAAACAUCAUGCGGUGGUGUUAUGGCCGAUGUCAUCCGGAAGAGGCCCGCGAUCUUCCACAAUGCACGUUGCUGCGCGAUUACAUGCACGUCAAAAAUCCAGACGAGCUACCUCCCGGGGUUCUUGACAACGCUCGAAAGGGAAUAGCGGCGUUGAUGCAGAGCACACAGGCCUUCCACGGCUUGAAGGACAAGCGUUUCAUCAUCACCAAUGUCUUUGGAACAGCACAUGCGCAAUGGGGCAACCUCAUUACGCUUCGUGCAGCCUACGAGGAUCCAGUGCUCGGGCCGGAGGUUGACGAACCAGAAUUGCGACACAUGCUCAGGAAGACCAUCGAGUUCCUGGAAGUUGUUGCCCAAGACUCGAGCAGUCUGGCUGUUGACCUAAGGAUCCUGAAAGGACUG